AUGGAAGAACAUAAGAAAGCUUGGGCAGAGUAUGGAUGUACUAUUAUGUCUGAUGGUUGGACUGAUGGUAAAAAUAGAGCUCUAAUAAACUUUCUUGUGAAUAGCCCUGCAGGUACUUGGUUUUUGAAAUCUAUUGAUGCAUCUGAUUCCAUAAAAAAUGGAACGUUACUAUUCAAAUAUUUAGAUGAUGUUGUCAAAGAAGUUGGGGAGGAGCAUGUGAUUCAAGUAAUAACAGAUAAUGCUUCCAAUUAUAAGAAUGCUGGAGUGAAACUUAUGGAGAAGAGGAAGAAGUUAUGGUGGACUCCAUGUGCUGCCCACUGCAUUGAUUUGAUGUUAGAAGAUAUUAGCAAAAUGAAACUUUUUGAAGAUACAAUUAGACCAGCCAAGCAAGUAGUGAAGUUUAUUUAUGGGCAUACAUGGGUUCUUGCUUUGAUGAGAUCUUUCACGAAAAGUAAAGAGAUAAUUCGCCCUGCAAUCAGACGGUUUGCCACUUCUUAUCUUACUCUUCAAACCAUAUAUAAGCAAAAGCAACCUCUUCAGGCUAUGUUUUCUUCUAGAGAAUGGCACAAUGGACCAUUUGUCCAACAUAAUGAAGGUAUUAGGGCUCGCUCAACUAUACUAUAUGAUGUUAAUUUUUGGUCCCAUGUUGCUUUUUGCAUCAAAAGUGUUAUUCUAUUAGUAUCUGUUUUGAGAGAAGUUGAUUCAGAGGAGAGACCCGCUAUGGGAUUUAUUUAUGAGUUAAUGGAUGUUGCAAAAGAGAAGAUUGCUUUUAAUUGUGGAAAAGUUGAAAGAAAGUAUAAACCAAUUUGGAGAAGAAUAGACGAAAGAUGGGGCCUACAACUUCAUCAACCUUUACAUGUUGCUGGUUAUUAUUUGAACCCUCAAUUGCGUUAUGAAGAAACCUUUUCUAAUGCUGAUGAAGUGAGGAAGGGAUUGGAAGAUUGCAUGACUAGGAUGUUGUCUUUUGAGGAUCGUAUGGCUGCUGAUAUCCAGUUGGACUUGUAUGAUGAGGCAAAAGGAGAGUUUGGAGGUCGUCUUGCUGUGAAUUCAAGGAAACUACAAACUCCAGGUUAUAAUUUUUACUUUUUCAUUUUCAUUCAAGUAUAA